AUGACGCUCUCCGGCACUUGUUCAGGACUUGAAGUCCUAGAUUCAAUCCCAGCCAAGCCCCUGGCCAAACAUAAAAACUUUGACCUGUUAGAUGAGAACUGGUUCUACACAGGAGCUGCUUCCACAGCACGGCGCCUGUAUCUCCAUGGUGGUGCGGGGAUUGGUUCUCUGACCAAGAUCUACGGAGGACUGCAGAGAAAUGGUGUCAAGCCCAGCCACUUCAGCAGGGCUGUAGAGUGUGGCUGCUGGGUCCUCAAGCCCUUGGAGGGCACAAAAAUGGAAAAGGACAAGAUGAGGCACUGCUGGCUGACACCGCAAGAACAGAAUAUGGGACAGAUUGCCAGACUACGUGGCAGCUGCCAACAAAAGCAUUAG